CGCUAAAAAAACAAAUAUUCUUCUUGUUGGCUAAUGCCUAUCAACGACGCCAUUUCAAACCCUCAUUCAUAUUCUUCUUGUUCCCAGCUUUGUUGAUGCAAUUCUCAGAAACCCCACUUCAUUUUUGCUCUUCUUCCUCCAUUGACCUUGUCUACGUGCCCCUUUCCGCCAGUGUUCAUGUGGGUCAUGCCCACAUCUCCUUGUUCUUCUACUUCAGGAGGUUUCUUCUCGUGACCAUUCAUUUCCUCUUCUUCAUUUAAUGCUUUUUGUCUUCCAAUUCAAUCAACUAAGCCACUGCCUUCUGAUGGGUAUCAUGGGGCAUUCAUUGAUUUUCUUUGCUUAGAUGAUUAAGGGACAUGUUUCUUCACUGAUUGAGCUGCAGAAAUCAUGGAAAAGGCUACACAAUUCGUUGAUCUUGUAAAAACCCAGAAAUCUUUUGAGGAGAUCAAGUGCUGGACAUGGUCAGAGCUUCUGAUUGCUUUGAAGCAAUGUCAAGAAUCAUUAGCAAACUCAUCAACUGUGCUGAAAAAAUGCAUGGAUUUGCUUUGCCAAAAGAUCAGUUUGGCUGAUAAUGGAGCAAGUUCAUCUGCUUCAUCUGUUAAUAGUUCAAGAUUUCGUUUAUCUUGUGAUAGCAAAAGCACUGAAAGCUUAAAGACAAAUUCUGCUUCCACAACUUGGUGGUUUGAUGAUCUAUUGGUUUUCACCACUGAAUCUCUUGAAAUCUUUGUUCAAUCCAUGAUCUUGCACGAGUUCGACCAAAUUCUUCUAAGCAAAUUCCUCGUUCAUUUCCAGAAAUCCAAGUUCCUUACUGCAGCUACUGAUGAAAAGAGGAAAGUAAUCGAGUCUGUCGUUGAUAUGCUCGACACGCUCGAUGAAAACGUGCUGUCUUUGAAGGCGUUAUUCGACAUUCUACGAGUUUCCUUAAGCUUGAACAUAAAUAAAGACAGCAAGAAUAGGUUGGAGGCCAUGAUUGGUUCAAGGUUGAGUCAUGCUACAUUGGACAAUUUGCUUGUUCCUUCCCCAUGUGGAGCAAACUACCUAUAUGAUGUCAAACUUGUUCUUAGACUGUUCAAGGCAUUUUUAUCAGGAGGACUCAAUCAAGCAUCUCAAUUAAGUAAAGCUGCUAAUUUGAUGGACUUAUACAUGGCUGAGGUCGCACCCGAUCCGUGUCUUAAGUCGUCGAGGUUCCUCGCUCUUGCAUUAGCCGUUCCUGACUCGGCCAGGAAGUCCUAUGAUGAAAUGUACCAUGCCAUAGAUCUGUACUUUGAGAUGCAUGCAGGAAUGACAGAAGAGGAGAAGGAGAAAAUAAGCUGUGCAUUGAACCACAAGAAGCUCUCCUAUGAAGUUGGUAUUCAUUUCUCUAAGAACACGAAAUUCCGAUCGAGAUCAACUCGGUCGAUACCCGAAAGUCCGAAACCAGAGACGGAAGGCUUACUUGAAAACAUAAACUACUCAAAAUCUCUGAUAAACUGGCCUCAUAAUCUCACAAAAGAAGAGCAAUCUUCAGAACAAAUUGUGCUGUAUCAUGGGAAGUUUGAUGUUGUUCCUGCUGAUAACGAGAGAUUCAAAGUUCAAUUGGAGGGAAUGCAAUGGAGAGUGGUGGAAUUGGAGAAGCUGUGUAGAAAAAUGCAGACCCAAAUGAGAAAGAUUUUGAAGUCUCGAGUGGCUUCGAGUCAUUGUCAAGUUAAAUCAUUGCCUAAGCUAUGUUCAUAGUGAUAUCUGUGCUCUGUUCUUCUGCUGCUUCUUACAGCUUUCUCUGUGUGUUUAGCAGAUUGAGUUUGGUUGUAAAGUUAGAACAACAACAAGAACAAGGAAGGUGACGAUGGGUUUAUCCACAAACCCAAUUAUUCUCGUGAAUUAUUGCGCAAAGUUAUGGUGUGAACGAGAUUGAAAGCUGAUGGUCGAGUCUUUUUCGAUGUCA